AUGGCCCUAGGAUCUGGCGAUAUCAGCCCGGCCGUUGUCUUCGGCGCCCUUCUUGUUUUGACUGUCUGGAUCGUGCAAAAGAUCUUUUCGAAGCGUGACCAGCUUCCGCUUCCUCCUGGCCCAAAGGGGCUGCCUUUGGUAGGAAACUUAUUGGAUCUUCCACCGUCCGGAAAGCUGGAAUGGCAGCACUGGCUGAAGCACAAGGACCUGUAUGGCCCGAUCAGCUCUGUGAACACCCUGGGGACAACAAUUGUCCUCAUUCACGACAAAGAUAUUGCGGUCGAGCUUUUAGAAAAGAGGGCAGCGAAGUACUCCGGGAGGCCGCACAUGAUGUUUGCGGUGGAGCUCUGCGACUACAGCAAACUCCUCAGCUUUGUGGGGUAUAACCAAUACUUCCGAGACUUGCGUAAACUGAUGGCUGGUCAAUUAGGCGCCAAAAGCUCAAUGACCAAGCUCCAUUCGGCCAUCGAGUUUCAAGUCCGGCACUUUCUAUUGCGCACCAUGAAACACUCUGAGCAACUGACUGAGAAUUUGCAAGGUCUGACGGGUUCUCUUCUGCUCGAAACUCUUUACGGGUACACCCCGUCACCGAAGGUCCAUGAUCCUCUCAUUACCAUGGUUAACAAAUUCAUGUACGAGUUCGGGAUAGCGGCCAUGCCGGGUGCUUGGCUCGUAGACAUAAUCCCCUGGCUUCGUUAUCUGCCCGACUGGGCGCCUGGUGCCAACUUCAAAAAGAUAGGGCGUCAGUACAAGAAGACGCUACAAGAUGUAGCCCGCGUACCUGUGGAGUUUACGGAAAAGCAAAUUGAGGCAGGCGUUGCAAGUCCGUCCUUUGUCCAAGGCUUGCUGGAAAAUAAUCCCAAUUCCAGAGAGCGAGACACAAUCAAGUGGGCCGCGAAUGCCCUGUACGAUGGAGGAGCUGACACUACAGUCGCCGCUUUAAGCUGGUUUUUCCUUGCCAUGACUUUGUUUCCAGAAGUGCAGCAAAAAGCCAGAGAGGAGAUCGACCGGAUUACAGGCGGCACUCGGCUUCCCAGCUUCGAGGACCGGGAAACCCUUCCUUACGUCGAAGCCGUUGUGAAAGAGACAUUACGGUGGCGGCCUAUCGCGCCUUUGGGCCUUCCCCAUGCGACAGAUGAGGACGAUGAGUGUCAAGGAUAUUUUAUUCCGAAAGGAUCAGUCGUCGUCCCGGCAAUUGCGUGGUUUGCAAAAGACCCGGGCACGUACCAUGAGCCUGAACAGUUCAAGCCUGAGAGAUUCUUGGGCCCGAGUCCGGAGCCGCUGAGCGUGGACUACGUAUUUGGUUUUGGGAGAAGAAUCUGUCCUGGAAAACACCUGGCCGAUGCGAACCUGUUCUUGGUCAUCGCGCAAAGCUUGGCUACGCUUGAUAUCAGGAAGGCCGUCGAUGGAGAUUCCGGAGAGGUUAUUGAGCCACUGGUAGAAGCAGCCCCGGGCCUCAUUAUGCACCCGAAACCAUAUACAACUUCCAUCGCACCUAGAAGCGAGAAGUUUGCCGAAUUGAUCAAGCGUGUCGAGGUCGAGCAUCCUUGGAAAGAGGGAGACGAGAAAAUGCUGCAGGGCCUGAUCUAG